AUGCCUCUUGUUCGACGUGAAUCGUCCUCUUCUACCUCAUCCACCUCCUCCUCUUGUUCAUCCAAAUCUGUCAGUUUUGGAGACCAUACCACUGUAUUUUACACUCAUCACUCUCGUGAUUAUGAUCGCUCUGCCACAAGUGAGCCGUAUCAAAUGUCUGCUUCAUUGGGCCGCAUUUUCUUGACUGAACCUGAACAAGCCAUCAUUGGCAAUCCUCAGCAAGAUAGAAUUGUUGAGAGAAAUACAUUUGCCAAUGCUAGAAGAGGCCUUGAAGGUUAUGCUGUUAUGCGUCAAAUUCGAUCUCAAUGA